GAGUCAGAAGAAGCGCAACCCCACUGAGGAACUCCAGCAAGACUUCAGGCAUAAAAGCUUCGAGAUUUACGCACACAAGCCUCGCGACCGCACCAGCUCCUUUCGCACACAGAAAUUAUGGGACGUGCAACUAACACUAGUUGACAAGGGGACACUUGGAUAGAGAGCGCGCGCAAAGCAUGGCUUGGAUACGCACAUGUUUUUUCCUCUCUUGUGUUGGUCAGGUGUUUGCAAAUCCGCCAACCGAGACGAGGAUAUAUUUGGAUAACAUUACGCGCAUUUUGGACAGAUUAUUAGAUGGAUAUGACAACAGACUGCGACCUGGAUUUGGAGGGCCUGUCACAGAGGUUAAAACGGACAUCUUUGUCACCAGCUUUGGUCCAGUUUCUGAUGUGGAAAUGGAAUACACAAUGGAUGUGUUUUUUCGGCAAACGUGGAUGGACGACCGACUGAAAUUUGAGGGCCCCAUUGAGAUCCUGCGUCUCAACAACCUAAUGGUCAGCAAGAUCUGGACACCGGACACUUUCUUCCGAAAUGGCAAACGUUCUAUUUCGCACAACAUGACCACUCCCAACAAGCUGUUCCGCAUCAUGCAGAACGGAACUAUUCUGUACACCAUGAGGUUAACCAUCAAUGCUGAGUGUCCCAUGCGGCUGAUCAAUUUUCCAAUGGAUGGACAUUCAUGUCCUUUGAAAUUUGGCAGCUAUGCCUACCCAAUGAGUGAGAUUGUUUACACAUGGAAGAAAGGGCCGUUAUUUUCAGUGGAGGUUCCUCAGGAGAGUUCCAGUCUGCUACAGUAUGAUCUCAUUGGACAGACGGUGUCUAGUGAGAGGCUGAAGUCAAGCACAGGUGAAUACAUAGUCAUGACGGUGUACUUCCACCUGCAGAGGAAAAUGGGUUUCUUCUUGAUCCAGACAUACAUCCCGUGCAUUAUGACUGUGAUCCUAGCACAGGUCUCCUUCUGGAUCGACAAGGAGUCAGUACCGGCCAGAACUGUGUUUGGCAUCACCACAGUACUAACCAUGACCACGCUGAGCAUUAGCGCUCGUCACUCGUUACCCAAGGUCUCCUAUGCCACCGCCAUGGACUGGUUCAUCGCCGUCUGCUUCGCGUUCGUCUUCUCAGCCCUUAUCGAGUUCGCUGCUGUCAACUAUUUCUCCACCUUGCAGGCCAAUAAGGAACUUCGUCGCGCCAACAUGGCCUGUGCUGCGGCCAGAAGUGAUGGAGAAGUUGUUACGAAUCCUCUGGACCCUGGAGGUGUGCUGAAGAAAAGGCUGAACUCUCUCUCUCAAAGAGAUGCUCCUGACAGGUUCUCCAGAGCACCACAGCCUGAUCUCCAUCAGCAAGGCUCCACUGUCCCUGCCAACAACAUGCUGGCAACUAGUAUUAUUGACAAAUACUCACGCAUCCUUUUUCCUCUGUCCUUUGGGGCCUUCAACCUGGUCUACUGGAUUGUCUAUCUCACCAAAGACACCAUGGAGUCCAGGGAAGUGUAAGCCCUGUUAGAAACCACAGAGAAAGGCGACUGAAAACAUGGCCAUCUAACAAACUGACAGAUGGAUAGAUGGAAGGAUGGAUGGAUGAGAGACACAUUCAGGGUCUGCUGCUGAAGAUGUAACUGUGAUUGUGCUAAAAGGGGACAAUCUUUGCCCCCUUCCUCCCUUCAGCCCGAUAGCAUGUAUUGACCUCUCAUCGCUCUGGUAUGAAACUCUCCGACUGCAGAAUGAUUUUCCUCCUUCCUAAAGACAGUCAAGGUGCAAUGGCAUUUGUGGCACUCUUGUUUUGACACUGUCACAUAAUUACACACUCAACAUUCUCCCUUCAUACAAAAUAAUAAUAAUAAAAAUAAAAAACUCUGCAGACACUCGCAAUAAUGUGCAGGUAAUACUUUUCCAGCAAUUGCAAGCCUUAUAGCAGCCAUGUCACUUUUACCCUGAAAAGAAGCAGCAAGCAACACUAAACUAAAUUUAAAGCCAUCCUUUGCCAUAACAGCUUGAGUCGAUUUUUGAAGGAAUACAAGUGUGUAGCGAGAUGAACCAUUCUACAUUAAGUAUUAUUAUUAUUACUAUUCAUAAGUUACACUUGGUCUUGUAAUUGUCCAAACCAUUACAGAUCCUCCAGUGUGCUGAGACAUGCAUGAUGGUUAUGAGGUACACAAUGGAUUUUAGGGUCCGAUACGGUACUUUUUGGAAUUUAGUAACAACUCGGUCAGGUGUCGAUUUUGUCCAUCUGUGCCUAGGGGAAUUUUCAUUUGCACUAUAUUUGAAAGUGCGUGCACUUACUGUACAGUUUACUUACACAACAAACUACUGAAUAAAAUAACGUAACUACGAGUUUAGGUUUAGUUUACGGUUAGUACCUAGUUAUUACACAGUUAUUACAAUUACUUUGUAUGUAAAUGCAUAACAGGAAGUGCAGGAUUUUCCUCUUGGCACAUUGAAUACUUUUGCAGUUUAAGCAGCUGAUGCACCUGCAAUUUGUUUAGCUUCCUUUACCUCUAUCUCCAUUGCUUACAACUACUGCUAACUGACAGUCGGCCUAAUGUGACUCAUCUUUGCAACGGCAUUUAUAGUUGCGGUUUAUUUUCAGAGUUAAGGCGCUUUAUUUAUUGUGGCGUUUCCAUUAUUUGGUCCACUUCCUCUACACAACCGCAAACAGUUCUAGUCUUUCCAGACACUGGAGUCCACCUGGGGCAAAGAAUGCGUGCUAUCUUCAGACAGUUGCUGUUUUCUUGAAUCAUUUUGUCCCGCUCUUUUCGCUUCAUUGAACUGAUGGGGGUCUUUCAGGAGAGAGUUCCUUUAGAACUCUCUGCCGUUUUGGACAAAGGCAGCCCUCCUGGGGAAACUAUGAUUGUGAACAGUAUGAGUCUCAAAUGCACUGACUUAUUUACACACUUGUAAAAAAACACACUGACACACUCUCACUCCUACAGAUAUGCCCUUUUCAAGGGUGCAUUAGCAGAUUCAGUGCUGCUGUGCGGGGUUUUUUUUUUUUUUGCCAUUGAUAAAUUGUUCUUCUUAUAUAAGGUGCUAUUAUAAUUGAAGAUUAUUUAUUUGUUGGCCUCCAUCAAAGCAUAUUAUAACAUUUAUAUUUAAAAACAUCACCAUCCAAGCCAGCUCUGGCAGAAACCAGCAUCUGAAGAGGGUUUCCUGGCAACAGUCCACCUGCUGGGAAAUGAAUUCAUUUAUUUAUGCUGUUUUUAGACUAUCUCAUUUGGUUUUUAUUUAUAAAUGGGCUUGAAAUGAUGUUCAGUUCUCAGCUUAUGAUCAGGUACAUUGACUGCCCUCUUUGCAUUUAAAUGCUCAAGUGCAUUAUCACUUAAUAAUAAACUUUUUAAUAAGAGCAAAUUAAUCCAAUUCACAAACAACUGUGAAAUUUCCAGUUUAGACAAGUAAAUGCUAAUUUGGAGACUCGUCAUCUGGGGGUAACUGGGUCCCGUGACAAUGGGGAUCCACCCAUGAAAACUGUCCCUGGCCAAAUGCAUGCAAUUUGAUGUGCUGUACGUACAUGUGUAACUAUGGGCUAUUUGUAAUAUGCAUAAGCAUACUGUUUGACUUUUCUGUUUUGUUUUUGUGGACUGCAUGGCCUCUCAUGCACACAUGCUGUACACUGAUUGACAGGUUCUCUGACCUGCUUAUCUUUACAUUAUGCAGUAUGAGAGAGAGAGAGAGAGAGAUGAAUUGCUAAAGCAAUCGAUGCUGAGCUUUGAGCCUGUCACCAUAAAGCAAAUGCAGAGAUGAGAUAACAUGAUGAAAGCACAACAUUAUAUAUAUACUAAUAUCUCCAUAUAACAUAUGACACUGAUCUCUCCAUAUGAUGUUUGACUUUUAUGUAGUUUAUUAUUGAUUUUUAUCCCCUUUUGU